AACCAAGCAACUUUGGCCCUGUUUGGACUAUAUUUCCCAUAAUGCCUUGCCAUUGGCCCCUGGGCCGGGGCUGCUGGGAAAUGAAGUCCAAAACAAGAGAGACCGGAGGUAGGCCCCAAAAAAGCCUCCAUCAAAGUAGUCUCUCACCACCGGAAGUCCCCCUAACCGGGUUAUAGUGGUAAAAAGAGCCAGAAAAGAGGACAAAAGAGGGAGAGAAGGUCAGCUUGGGUCCAGCAGGCCCAAACCAGAAGUUGUGUUGUUAUGGCUCAGUUAUUCUCUCUAGGAAUCUCCAGGUCCUCCAGUGUAACUCUAUGGUUGGUCAGAGAGGCAUGCUGGAGGAACUCCGAAUGCCUAGAGAAGUAGUCCUAGGUCCUCCAGGGCAACUCUAUGAUCAACAUCUGCCAGGGCUUGGUCAUAGAGUCAUGCUGGUGGACCUGCAAAUGCCUAGAGAGGUAGUUCUGGGUCCUCCAAGGCAACUCUAUGGUCAACAUCUGCCAGGGGUUGGUCAUAGAGUCACGCUGGAGGUCCUACAAAGUCCUAGAGAGGCAGUUUUUCCUCUAGAAACCUAUUGAUGCAGCCUAUGAUCGCAUUCACUUUUUUAGCUGCUGCGACACACUCCUGGCUCAAGCUCAGCCUGUAAAUCCAGUAAAACUCCUAUCAAUAUCUACGCGUUUGAUAAUUAUAAAUUAUCAUAACUCGUUAUCAACUCGAAGGGACAGACUGUUUUCUCGGAUGGCCUUGGUUUAAUCUCAAGAUGGCACUGCCGGGAAGAGAUAAAGAUUGCUUAGGAAAGGGGAAAAUCCGCCCGCUCUUAUCUAAGAUUGUGGUCAGGUCCAAGGUACAGAUAUCAAGAGAUAUAAAGGGGCCCGGCACUCUUUUUCCCCGUCGUCGCACGGCCGUUUCUUGACUGCCACCAGGAUGGUGCAAAUCCGGCUCCUUUUCCUCCUGGGAUCAGUCUGCGCCUCCUUCGCCGUGCAUGCUGCCGCCGCCGCCAUUCCCGCCCCAAGGAACUUGCUCCAGUUUUACAACAUGAUCAAAUGCGCCGACUCUGGCAGCAACCCUUUGAAAGACUAUGCUGAUUACGGGUGUUAUUGUGGACUUGGGGGCAGCGGGACGCCGGUGGACCAGCUGGACAGGUGUUGCCAGGUUCAUGACACUUGCUUCGCAGCGGCCAAGAAGCACCCAGAAUGCAUACCUCUGCUGGAAAACCCCUAUACAAAACCCUAUGCCUUCAGCUGCUCUGGAGGAAUGAUCACCUGCAAAGACGACAAGGAUAUUUGCGCGGCGUUCGUCUGCAAUUGCGACCGUAGCGCGGCCAUUUGCUUUGCGGGGGCGCCGUAUAACGAGGAAUACCGGAAACUGGACACGAGCAAAUACUGCCAGUGACGCACGCCUUGGCACUAGUGCGAAUCCCGCGCAAAAUUGGCCAAUUCCUUUCGUGUUUUCUGCGAUGAGGGGCUGGCAAUAAAACCAUGGCACCGGA